CAGCGAGCUUGCAAGCAUUCAUUCAAUCAUGGCGCCUGCCGUCUGCAAUUUGCAGAUCUGCAGCAGACUCUAUAGAGUGCCCUGUCACUGUGUCCCCUCCCUGUCCCCUUCGAGAAUUUGUUUUUGACGACGGUUGAAACUUGCCAGAGUCCUCUCUAGCUUCUGGGGAGGGCCGCCUUUCUUCAUUAAACGUAAUAUCCUUUUUAAGAAGAUUCCUUCUGCGAUCAGGGGAGCGGGCCUGCAGAAUGGUGGAUGAUUCAGAUUGAUUUAAGAACCAGAGACAGAAACGGGCGGUAGGGACUCGAGGAGAAGGAUCAUUGUGUCGGAAUCUUGCUAGUUGCACCUAGGAGCUCGCACGUAGGCAAUGCAGGUUAAGCUUUGCUCUGAUCUAGUGUGAUCCAUAAGCAAAUCCAGGAUUUGAGCUUGCUUCUUCGAAGCCAGCACAAUGGAGAGCAAUUCGAAGCCCAAGGAGCCGGUAGUGGCAUCAGUAGUGGCCAUUACUGUAGGGUAUGCUCUCACAUCGAGUCUGCUAUCAAUCAUAAACAAGUAUGCCGUCAGCGUGUUUCCAUUCCCCGGCCUCCUGGCCAUGAUUCAGUACCUGGUGUCGGUCCUUGCCGUGUACUUUCUUGGGAAGUUCAAGAUCUUGGAGCACGACCCGCUACAGUGGGACAAGCUGAAGGCUUUUUUCCCUUCUGCGCUCGUCUUCUUCCUGGCGGUCUUCUCCAACAUGAAGGUCCUGCAUUACGCUAAUGUUGACACUUUCAUCAUCUUCCGGUCAUCGACCCCGCUCCUAGUUGCUAUCGCAGACUCGUUGUUCAUGAAGCGGCCGUGGCCGUCAAAUGCAACGUUUGUCUCCUUGGUUAUCAUCCUCCUGGGGGCUGUUGGGUAUGUUGCAACCGACUUUGAGAUCAGUAUCGCUGCUUACAGCUGGGCGACCUUCUAUUUGAUUACCAUCACAACUGAGAUGGUCUACAUCAAGCACGUAGUGAGCACCAUCGGGCUCAAGACGUGGGGCCUCGUCUACUACAACAACAUUUUCGCGCUGCUCCUGUCCCCCAUCUUCAUCUUCAUCACAGGAGAGGGCUUUGGAAUUGCAGAGUUGUUCCAACCGAGUACCUCCGAGCAAACGAAUAUGAGCGACCUGUCUGCAAGCAUCCAGAUGGAGGGCGCCAAGUACCUGACGCUCGGGUCGUACGGCCCCGUCGUGCUCUCGUGCAUCUUCGGGCUGGCCAUCAGCUUCUUCGGCUUCUCGUGCCGCCAGGCGCUCUCCGCGACGUCGUUCACGGUGGUCGGGGUCACGAACAAGCUGCUGACGGUGCUCAUCAACGUCACCGUGUGGAGCAAGCACGCGGGCACAUUCGGGGUGUGCAUGCUGCUCGUGUGCAUCGGCGGGGGGGUGCUAUACCAGCAAUCGAUGACUCCUCCCAAGAAGUCGGAGACCCCUAAGCCGCCCAGAGGGGACGUUGAGGAAGCAGAGUCCACUUCGCUUCUCAAAGGGGCCUCCUCGAAAGGGGGGGCCAGCUCCAGAGUGGAAGGGCGAUAGAAGGGCGGCAAAGAUAUGCACUUCAUGUACCUCAACACGGAUUGUGUCCCGCAAGGAACUGUAAAGCCAUCAGGUAUGGUACGCUUUGUUGGUAACAGGUACAGCCUAGAAAUUGGGUGGUUUCGUAUAGAAGGGCGGACAAGGUGGAUGCGUUGGACAAUCGACUCGGUUGAGGAGUCAAGCGCCCUUUGUAGGACCUGUGUAGGAAACCGGAUGGACGGUGAUUUGACAUACUUGGAAAAAAGCCGCGUCCAGGUUCUUACAUCAACUUCUCUCGCAAUUCGCUGUGGACAUGGUUUCAUUACAGGAUCCUACCGUUUUUCUCCUCCUUUC